AACACUAUCUCCUCUAACAUCCAAUUCACACUCGGUCCGCUUAGAAAAAUAGUUAACUCAAUUCUGACGUAGUGGGGAUUCUCACGACCUCGUCUAAACUCCCAGUCAACAAUGAACAAAGCGCUUCAAUGACCGCUCUCGCCGACUCCGCGCGGGCCUACGCCCGCCAGACCCUCAACGAGACGCCCGAGACCCUCGCCGCAGGCCUCGCCGCCCUCCGCCUCUGGAUCUCCUCCAACCCCCAGCUGCACGUCAACCCCGACGAGCGCUCCCUGCUGGCCUUCCUGCGCGCCUGCAAGUUCGACCUGGAGCGCACCAAGGGCAAGCUCUCCGACUACUACACCAUGCGUCGGGACAUCCCCGAGUGGUACUCCAACCGCGACCCCCUCCACCCCCAGAUCCGGGCCCUGACGAGGCUCGGCGUCUUCGUGCCUCUGCGGAAGCACCACGACAACCAACUCGUCGUGAUAAUCCGGACCGCAGCGCACGACCCGCGAGUGCAUCGCCAGGACGACGUGUUCAAAGCGGGAAAUAUGAUUCUGGACGUGGCGACCAGAGACGACCAUCUGUGCCAGAUCUACGGGAUUGUGGCGAUUUUUGACAUGGAGGGAGUGGGGUUCUGGCAUGGCCGGCAGAUGACCCCCGGGAUUAUCAAAAAGGCGGUGAGGUCGUGGCAGAAUUACCACUGCAGGCCGAAGAAGUUGGAGUUUGUGAAUGCGCCGAUUUAUAUUAAUGUGGUUUUGAGCAUUUUUAAGGGGUUUAUGAGUGAGAAGUUGAAGGGGAGGGUUAGGGUGCAUUAUGGGGGGCGGGAGGACGUGCUGAAGAUUGUGCCCAAGGAGGUUCUGCCCAAGGAGUAUGGAGGGGAGGACGGCACGUUGGAGGAGGUGAUUGGGCAUUGGGUGGCCCGGCUGGAGGAGGAGAAGGAGUGGUUUGCCGAGGACGAAAAAUAUAAAGCCGAAUAGUUUUUAGCUAAUUUACAAAGUGGUUAUUGUGAUAAAAUAAAUAAAACGCUUUUUCUCUCA